AACCGCCAGAUGGGGACACGAACCAGCUUUGUUUACAAAUAUGGCGACGGAGGAUUGCUAUUUAUUUUCACAGAGCGAUCUGCCAACGUCAAGUUUUGGGCUUAUAGAAGAAAUAAGACGACAGGGAAAGCUAUGUGACAUCACACUUAAGGUUGAUGAUGAAAUUUUCACGGCUCACCGCAUUGUUCUUGCAUCGACAAUUCCAUAUUUUUAUGCCAUGUUCACUCACGACAUGAUGGAAAGCAAACAGAAAGAGAUCACCAUCCGAGGAAUUGAAUCUUCGGCACUGGAGGUGUUGAUAAACUUUGCGUACAGCGGCAAGGUGAAUAUAACAACAUCGAACGUGCAAUCAUUGUUGGUUGGAGCGUCAUUUUUGCAGUUGACGAAAGUUAGGGAAGCGUGUUCAGAAUUUUUAAUGAGAAGGCUUCACCCAAACAAUGUACUGGGAGUACGAAGUUUUGCAGACACCCUUGGAUGUUCUGCUUUGGUGGAUGCAGCGAACAAGUUUAUCCAGAAACAUUUUCUUGAAGUCUCACACUCUGAGGAGUUCCUGUCCCUACCUCUCUAUGAAGCAGCAGAGAUCAUCAGUUGGGAUCAACUUUAUGUAACCUCGGAGGAGCAGGUAUUUGAAGCAGUGAUGCUAUGGGUACAAAAAGACUUAGACAAUCGUGGCCCUCUAUUACCGGAGCUCUUGUCCCAUGUUCGGCUGCCUCUUCUCAGUCCGCAGUUCCUAGCCGAUCGUGUUGCCAGAGAGCCCAUGGUUCGCACCUCCCAUCGCUGCAGAGAUCUUCUCGACGAGGCACGUGAUUAUUUACUCAUGCCUGAGCGCCGACCAUUGCUUCAAGGGUUCCGCACCAGGCCUCGAUGUUGUCCUGAGGUUGUAGGGCAUAUUUACGCUGUCGGGGGACUUACAAAGGCUGGGGAUUCUCAGAGCACCGUAGAGGUUUACGACCCGAAGCUAGGUUAUUGGCAAGUGGCUGAAGCAAUGUCCAUGACCCGAAGCCGAGUCGGGGUUGCUGUUUUACGCAACAAGCUCUACGCCAUUGGGGGCUACAAUGGCUCUGAAAGGCUUAGCACAGUUGAAGUGUUCACUCCUGAAACAAGACUGUGGAGCCGUGUUGCAUCUAUGAACUGCAAGCGGAGUGCUGUUGGUGCUGCUGUACUCUUUGGAAAGUUAUAUGUCUGCGGUGGGUAUGACGGCGUGUCAUCUCUCAACACAGUCGAAUGUUACGAUCCGGAGAAAAACGAGUGGGCCAUGGUGACGAGCAUGUCUAAGCACCGAAGCGCUGCUGGUGUGGUCGCUUUUGAUGGGCACAUUUAUGCUCUUGGAGGCCACGAUGGGCUUUCUAUCUUUGGAUCUGUGGAACAUUAUGAUGCCCAAACAGGCCAGUGGAGCCCAGUGCCAUCCAUGCUGACACGUCGCUGUCGGCUUGGUGCAGCAGUUCUUGGUGGAAAAAUCUAUGUGUGUGGUGGCUACGAUGGAGCAACGUUCCUUCAAACGGCAGAAGUGUAUGACCCCGGUGCUCAGCGUUGGCAGUUCAUCGCCCCUAUGAACGUGAUGCGAUCCCGCGUUGCCCUGGUUGCCAACUGUGGCCGCCUCUUUGCGGUCGGUGGUUAUGACGGAGUGUCCAACUUGAGUACUGUUGAGGUCUAUGAUCCUGACACAAACUGCUGGGCACCGGUGGCCUCUAUGUGUGCGCACGAGGGUGGUGUCGGUGUUGGUGUUCUGCCUUCUCCCUGAAUGAGUGGAUGCGGUGAGCAACCCCGGAAUAAUAUCUGUGCUCCUGUAUUUGAAGACGGUGAGUUAGAAUCAUAGAAUAUUGCCCAACUUGCCUUGGUCUAGCAAGAGCAGACCAAAUGUUGACCAUACCACACUGCAGUACAGUGCGAGUUGUGGUGGCUGCACCGCAAAUUAUUGUGAUGUGUGGAAAUAUGCAAACUGCUGUUGUGAAGUAUUUGCUGUGGAAAUUGUGCCUCUGUGUUCACCUCUUUAGCUAUAAUCUGCUUCAAAACUAAAAACGUUAGCAAAACAUUCAGCUCGGCAUAAUGAAACUGGCGCAACACAAACAGAGACCAAGGAGCAAGGAGUACUCCAUACAAGUGCUCAGUGUGGAGAAUAUAAAAAGAGAAUGGUGCCCAAAUAAUUUUUUCCUCUGUCCUUGUCUGUGUUUGCUCUGGUUUCAUCAUGAAUGUUAACAAUGAUGUGUGGAAUUGUAUCCACCUGUGUUCAAAUAGCACCAUUUUUUAGAACUCGUACGAGAGGAAGAGCUACGCUCGCAUCCACUGUUCACGUUAGAAAUUAAAUAUAACAACAAACAGCA